ACACAAAUUGUCAAAAAUGUCAAAAUCAUAUGUGAUUCUGUGAAAUGUCAGUGAUUUGUAAGUAAUGAGCUCAUUUUUUUCAGAUUAUUUAGGAAAUACAUCGAUUCUGGAUGUAAUCCAAUUAUAUUGGAACUCCGCUAUAACCUAUUUAACGAACGCUGUCACCUCGAUCCGCAAAACAGAGAGUGGCACUUUAAAAAACAUAUUCGAAAAUAUCCCUGAACUUGUCCACUUCAACGAAUUCCAGUGGAAAUUAUUGACAAUUUUCUCGGGUCUGUUGUUGUUCAACAUAAUAUCGAUUAUUAUCCUGUGGAAAAUACAUGGAAAAGUGGUUAGUGAAAGGUUUAUGAAAACUUCUACCCUGAGGGAAAUUGAGGAACUGAAAGCGAGCGUAGCCAAGCUGAAACUGCCCAAAGAGCACUCCCCUAGAGUUUAAUUCCCUAGUAGUAGUAAUGGCGGAGAAAAUUAAAAAAUUCUUCGCUAAGAAAAAAGCAGAUGCCAAAUUCAGAGCAGCUGGUCCCGGGCACAAACUCAACGACUCAUCCACCACCGUGGUAGUGGGCCCAACUAAAAAAAAGCCCGCCUACGUCCCUUCCAAAGUUGAACCCAGCGAGGCAGCUAGACAGGCCGCCGAAGCUGCAAUGGUGAGGGUUUCUUCCCAGAAGAAAGAUACCGCUUUCAACACUUCUCUAGCUGCCAUUCAAGCUAAAGUUCGUAGGGAACUAGAGGCAGAAAAUAAAUGUAACCCGGAAGCCGUCUCACCUAUAAGGCCUCAGGAAACAGAGCUGGAAGUUUCGUCUCAUCUGAUGGUGAAAGGUGUAUAUUUCAGGUGCCCCUUGAUUAGUGACGAAGUUUUGACAAAGGAUGAAUGGAAGGUCAAAAUAAAAGAGUUCUUAUUCAAUACGCUGGAGGAAGAGCGAGGAAUGACUGCUUGCUUGAUUAUAUAUUCCUGUAAUUAUAAUAGAUCUAAGGUAACUGAAUGUGUGAACGUCCUGUGUAGAUACGUGGAUAACAUUAUGGCAAAUCCUGAUGAGCCUAAAUUCCAUAAAAUUAGAUGUUCAAAUGCCAUGUACAAUGAGAAAGUAGUUCCUAUACUAGGAGCAACAGAUUUUCUUUUUGCUGCAGGUUUUCGGCAACAAAAGCUGGAAAAUAAUGGAUCCGAGGAAGAUUACUGGGUGUGGUCCAUUGAAAACAUUGAUGGAAUUGAAACUUUACAGUUCCUCAGAGACACCCUGAAAGCAGAGGAAAGGGUCGAACUUGAAAUCGAUAGAAACAUCCAAGUUCUGUCGCCAGCUCAGAUUGCACAAAGAUUUGAAUUACCCCAAGAUUUCUAUGCUAUAUCUGUGGAGGAACUGAAGAGAGAGAGGCAGCAAAGAUCUGAAAUGUUGGAGAAACAACUGCAGUUGAGGACGAAGGCUAUGCGAGAAAAGGACGAGAUCCGGGAGAUUAGGAAAUAUAAGUUUUGCUUGAUUCGAAUUAGAUUUCCUGAUGGCUUAUAUCUACAGGGAACAUUUUCCGUCUACGAAAAAUUCUGUGAGGUGAUGGACUUCGUUAAAGACAACCUUGAGCACGAAGGCCUCCCUUUCAUUCUGUCUGCUCCGACGGGCCACAAAUUAGAAGACAACGACAAAGACAGCACCCUUGCAGAUCUGUGGCUUGUACCCGCCGCAAUUCUGACGUUCCAGUGGGAUCCUUCGGUGGAGGAAGACCUCAAAGCAGCUGGCGGUGUGGCUUAUCUCAAACCUGAAGUGAUGCUACUUGUGCAGUCUCUGUGAAUGGUGUUUUUUGAAUAGAGAGCGGUGAUAUUUAGGUUCAAUUUCUGUUCUGGUGAUUCAUUUAUUUUUCAGUGCUGGAACCCUUGAAGUAUGUUGGAGUUUGAAGUUUCUGAGCUGAUUUUAGGUUAUUCGGGUUCCUCAAAAUCAGUUCAUUCAUUAGUAUUAAUUUCAUUACAAAACUUACCGUUAUAAUCUUCCCUCAAAAAAGUUAUGAAUAGUCCCUUCAAAAAUAUUUUUGCGUAAGCCUAUGCCUUUGAAAGAAUGGUAACAUUGGUUGUGUUUUAGAAAAAUCCUUCAUGUAUUUCGAAUAUAUAAUUUUUUUAUUGCAAUGUGCUCAGGGUGUAUAGCAAUGAUAAUUGAAAGAAGAUACUUAUUUAUGGCUGUGAAUCAUUUUAUUUCUAUUGGACAAAUUCAUGUUUUUUUUAAUUAUUCCCCAAAUUAACAGUCUCUUCAUCUUUUUAAGAAAAAUGUAUGUUUUUGCCUGAAAUUAACUUCCAGAAUGAGUUUUUUUGUCAUUUGAUAUGUGUAAAAUCUUAAGAAUACUAACGUGGAAACAUUUUUGGAAAACUUCGAAAGAUUGGAUUCACUUUGUACAAAUUGUCAUUUGUUUUUACUCUAGUGCUAUGAAAGUUAGGAAAAGAAUUUAAUGAAUGUCAUGCAUGAAAUAAAAACAUUUCCUAGAUAUUUCUAGAAUUUUUUGGUUUACUAUCAACUGAUUGGAAAAUAAAUACCCCAUCGUCUAUUAUAUUCUUUGCAUUGUAUAGUGUAUGAUUACUUUUUAGAGUUUUCCAUGAAGAAAUAUUGUUCAUGUGCCAUAUCUAAAUAAAUUUCUUCAAUUAUUCAAAGAAAUGAAGCCUAUUUUGAUUUGAUUUGAUAAAACAAAAACGACCAUAAGAAGUUAUUAUAAUUUGUUUUCAAGGAUAAUACCUUAUAUUGAAAAAACUUCAACGAAAUCAGUCCUGCCAUAACUUUGUUAUAUUAUAUCCCUUAAAAAUUAGUUUAGUGCACGCCUAUGGCAUUCAACGAUCAAUCCCUCAUUUAUCUAGGAUCUAAAGCACCGUUAUGGCAUCAUUUACUUUUUGUUUCUUGGUGAAUAGACAACAUUGCAAAGCCAGUAUUUUAGCAUAGGCGUACAAUCAAUAUUUUCAAAAGGUAGAGAAAUAAAUUUAAUUUUUAGGAUGUAAAAUAUUCAUUAAAAGCUUCAGGGUUAUGAUUUAGGAAACCUAUAGGGAUCCAGAGGGUGAUUUUGAAAGGUGGUAUAACUGUGAAUUGGUUUCACUUACCCAAUAUUAAAUUAUGAAGGACUCGUACACUAGAGGAAAAUUUUUUUACCUGUCAAUGACCCGUUCUGAAAUAAAAUUGAUACACGUUUGUUUUAUUUUAAUCCGAAAUUACUUGACAACUUUCUCUGUCACAUACUUCGAACAAUCAGAACAGGAAUUGAACCCCCUCUCCCGUAACGCCCGUCUGUUGAUCUACAUAAUUUAUUGUAUAGUUAUAACUAUCAAAAAAAUAUUUUAUAUUGA